CAGCACGAGACACAGCGGAGCGCGAGGCGGAGAAAGUAACAUCUGUUUCGGUGCGUGCACAACGCGGAAGCCCAGGGGUGAAGGACUUGAUAGUUCGUCGUCGUCAUGGUAACGAAGAGGGGUCGUUUGUUGGGCGUGCUGGUGGGCAUAAUCUUCUGUAUUGCCGUGAUGACCCUGUACCAUUUGCUGGAGCUGAUGCAGGGAGCGGAGCUUCAACACAGAGUGAACACACCUGUUGUACACGUGAACGAAGAGUUGUUCCACCUCCAGAAGAAGAUUGACAGGUUGGAGCGUCUCCUUAGUAGCAACAACCGUGUUGUUGCUGAAUUGCGGGACUCUCUGCUCCACCACAAAGCAUCAUUGGAGAUAAGACGGGGAGGGGCCAAUAUGGGCUUAGACUCCUCCCACAGCCGAGCUGGAGUGCUGCCUGGCUGUCGAUCGGCCAGCGAAACGAAGAACAGCAGUGUCCAGAUGCUGGACGUGUAUGACAUUCUGCCGUUUGAUAACCCCGAUGGUGGCGUCUGGAAACAGGGCUUCGAGAUCAGCUACAGCGGGAACGAGUGGAACAAGCAGCCGCUGGAGAUUUUUCUGGUUCCACAUUCGCACAAUGACCCCGGUUGGUUGAAGACGUUUGACCUUUACUAUCAGGAUCAGACGCGUCACAUUCUUGACAACAUGUUGAUCAAACUGAGUGAGGACCGCAGGAAGAAGAUGAUCUGGGCAGAGGUCAGCUAUUUUUCGAAAUGGUGGGCGGAGCUCGACGGGCAGCAGAGAGACAUGGUCAAACGCCUAGUGCAGAACGGGCAGCUGGAGUUGGUGACGGGUGGCUGGGUGAUGGCGGACGAAGCAAAUGCCCAUUACUUUGCUCUGUUGGAUCAGCUGAUCGAGGGACACCAGUGGAUCCAGAAACACUUGGGUGUGAAGCCAAGCAGUGGCUGGGCGGUGGAUCCCUUUGGCCACUCCCCCUCUAUGACCUACCUGCUUAAAGGGGCGGGGCUGAAAAACAUGGUCAUCCAGCGUGUCCAUUACGCGGUCAAGAAACACUUUGCCCGCCAACAGACGCUUGAGUUUCUAUGGCGACAGAACUGGGAUGCCUCCCCCCACAGUGACAUCACAUGUCACAUGAUGCCCUUCUAUAGCUACGACGUGCCACACACGUGCGGUCCAAAUCCGUCGGUCUGCUGUCAGUUCGACUUCCAUCGCCUACCGGGGGGGCGUGUCUUUUGUCCAUGGAAGAUACCGCCUCAGGCUAUCACGGAGCAGAAUGUCCAGGAACGCGCUCUCCUCUUACUAGACCAGUACCGUCAGAAGUCUCGUCUCUUCCGUUCUCCGGUUCUUCUCGUUCCCCUCGGUGAUGACUUCCGAUUCGUGGAGUCGCGUGAGUGGGACGCUCAGUUCACUAACUACCAGAAACUCUUUGACUACUUUGACGAGCACCCGCAGCUCCACGUUAAGGCUCGUUUCGGGACUCUGUCAGAUUACUUCCAGGCUCUUCAUCGUCACCUGAGCGCGGCAGAAACGACUCUGCCGACACUUGGCGGCGACUUCUUCACGUACGCCGACCGCGACGAUCAUUACUGGAGUGGUUUCUUCACCUCCAGACCGUUCUACAAACGCCUUGACAGGACGCUGGAGUCGGUGCUCAGAGCGACAGAAAUCCUUUUCAGCCUGACCUUGGCUGAAAUGCGUCGUUUCCGUGGUGAUGGUCGUCUCGUAGAAUCGUUCCCCGCUCAUGAACACUUCCAGCGCCUGACUGCAGGGAGGCGGAGUCUGGCACUUUUCCAACACCAUGACGCCAUCACUGGCACGGCCCGCGACCCUGUGGUGGUCGACUAUGGCACCAGGUUGUUUCACUCCAUCCUGAACCUGCGUCAGGUGCUGCAGAGCUCCGCCCACUGGCUGCUUCUAUUGGACAAGAACCUUUACCACCACGACCAAUCAAAACCCUUCCUGCUAAUGGAUGACGUCAUCUCGGCUCAGGACGCUUUGCCUCAGAAGACGCCCCUUGCUCUCAGUGAUGAGCCCAGGUCACUAAUCGUCUUCAACCCAACGGAACAGCAGCAAACGACCGUCAUCAGCAUCACUGUUGAUUCUGCUGAUGCGAGCGUUGUCGACGCAGAAACAGGUCGGCCAAUGGCUGCGCAGAUCUCUGCGGUGUGGGAGGAGCCAAGCCAAGCAUCCACCAAAGUGUUCCAGAUCUCCUUUGUGGCUGAACUUCAUCCUCUGGCACUCGUCGAGUAUCAUGUGAUCAAAGUGUCCACUGGCUCUGCCGACAGGGCAGGGUACACCUUCUAUCGUCAUGGCAACCCGCCGACUGUCAAUACAGAGCACUUCCAGGUGUUCCGCCCUGAGGACAACGUCCUCCUGUCAAUUAGAAACAAGCACGUUCAGAUAUGGAGUUCCCAGGAGACUGGCCUGAUGCAGAAGCUGCAAUUGCAGUCUGGACUUGUCCGUGAGCUACGUGUUCAGUUUGCAUGGUACGGAACCAGAACCAAUAGGAACCAGGACAAGAGUGGAGCAUACCUAUUUCUGCCAGGAGAGGAGGGGGCCCAGCUCUACUCCUCCUCAGAGCCGCCGCUGAUCCGGGUUUCCAGAGGUCCUGUCUUCUCUGACAUCACUUCCCAUUUCCGCCACUUCACACACACAGUGCGACUUUUCCACCUGGACGGGCAUGCAGGGAAAGCCUUGGAGAUUUCCAACAUGGUGGACAUCAGGUCAGAGGCCAAUCGGGAGCUCGUCAUGAGGCUAGUCAGCAAUGUUGCCAACGGCAACCGUUUCUAUUCUGACCUCAACGGAUUCCAGAUGCAGCAGCGGAGGACCCUAGCAAAGCUCCCCCUGCAAGCCAACUUUUACCCAAUGAGCUCUGCGGCGUUCCUUCAGGACACGUCAUCUCGUCUGACGUUGCUCUCAGCGCAGAGUCAGGGUGUAGCUUCGCUCAGACCAGGUGAGCUUGAGGUGGUGUUGGACCGGCGACUGCAGCAGGACGAUAACCGUGGCCUUGGUCAGGGCAUCACCGACAACAAGCUUACGGCAAAUCUCUACAACCUGCUGCUGGAAGACAGGAAAGGCGGGGCUACGGAAGUGGGUGGAGCCUCAGUUGAACACCUGUCAAUGCUCGCCCACCUGUCCUCGCUCUCCCUGUGCCACCCUCCCAUCACCAUGUUUGCCCCCAGCCACCACCAGCUACCCAAGCUCCGCCCAUUUCGGCCGCUCCACUCAUCGCUGCCAUGUGACAUUCACCUGCUGAAUCUGAGGACGCUGGAGGACGCACAGGAAGCAGAAAGCCCAUCACAGGAAGCCGCACUCCUCCUCCAUAGGAAGGGCUUUGACUGUAACUCCACCCCUGAACCAGCACCUGUAUGCACAUGGAGUGUCCACGAGGAGGUGAACCUGCACGACCUCUUCUCUCCUCUUCACUUCCAUUCGAUUCGCCGCUCUGGCCUCACUCUGCUGCCUGACGACAAGGAGGAGGAGGUGGAGCCACAUGUGGCUCAGCUGAGGCCAAUGGAAAUCAGCGCUUACCGUGUGAGGCUGGACUGAUAAUACAUAUUUCAGGAUGUCACCAUGACGAUCCGUUAAUUAGAGGUUACGUUAACCGAAUGUUACUGCACAAAAAGGAAACAAAACCAAA